AUGGAUAACAGGCGCCACCACAUCACACUGUCUCUCAGGUCAUCGAUCAUUAACCUGCAUGAGGCUCAUGUUUCCAUCGGAGAUAUUCCUCGGCAGCUUAGCAUACACAGAACAACCGUGCAUAGAUGGAUACGACGACAAAGAGAAAGAGGAAAUUUACCUAUAUUAACAAGAAGUAGACGACCCCAAUGCACCACUGUUGAGGAAGAUCAUCGAAUCAUUGAAGCAGCUCGACAAACUCCCUUGACAACCGCCGUAGCUAUCAAGAGAGAACAUGGCCUUCAACUUGAUGCCCAAACCAUUCGUAACCGGCUGCAUGAGGAUAAGAUAUUUCAUCAUAUUCCUGCUAAGAAACCCCUCAUGGCUGAAAAACAUAAAGAAGAGAGGUUAGGGUUUGCUUUACAAUAUUACUCAGUGGCCGAUGAUUUCUGGAAGAAGGUUAUCUUUUGUGAUAAGACAUUCUCCACGGAUGAGCAUAGUAGUCUUCACUGCUGGCGUCCAGUUAAUACAAGGUAA